CCCCAAGCGGACAGUUUCACUCCGCUGAUUGCAACGAACGGCUAGCUUUGGAAAUGGAUUCGCACACCUUCGUCCUACUGCUGCUCAUUGGAUGCCUCUGCCUGAUGGCCGGAUCCUGGGUGGCAGCUGCUCCCGCCUGCAAUGGUGGCUUCUAUUCGAAGAACGGCAACCUGGUCAUCGAUAUUCAAAACUUACAGUCUCACCUGAACUGUGUUCAGAAUCAGCAUCAGAGGGGAUAACAUACGCGGAUUGAACUUAAUACAUAUAUAAACAGAUAUUGGUGCCAUAAUUAGGGCACUGUGAAUAAAAUAAAAUAAACAAAACCCAAUGUUACACUAAUCGUAAUUUGUGAAGCCAAAAUAUUUGUUAAUAAACCACUGCACAUGCAGGCAUUGAGCCACGGGUAAAAUACAAACAA